AUGGAGGACGAAACAACAAAUAAAAAACUCAAAACAAAUCUAUCAGAAAAUAAUGAUAAUAAUAAAAUAAUAGUAUUACCUUUAAUAAUUCAAAAACAAAUAUUAUAUGAAGAAUUUCAAAUUGAUAAUAUAAUAAAAUAUAAUAUUAAAAACUAUUCAUUGGUCAAUUGGAAUUGGUUUAAAUAUUCUCAAAAACUUUUCAAUCAUUUUAUUCCACAUUUUUAUAAUAAUAAUAAUAAUAAUAAUAAUAAUAAUAAUAAUAAUAAUAAUAAUAAUAAUAAUAAUAAUAAUAAUAAUAAUAAUAAUAAUAAUAAUAAUAAUAACAAAUUUAAAUUAGUUCAUAAUGAUUUUAUUAAAACAAUAAUAAUUGAUUAUUUUGAAAUAAAUAAUAAAUCAAUUAAUUAUAUGAAUAGUUUAAAAUCAUUAGAAACUAUUAGUGUAGAAAGUUUAGAAGACUAUGAAUGUUCAUUCACAAAUUCAAUAAGGGAUUUAACAUAUUUAAAUAAAUUAAAUAAUAAAGAUUUAAUAAUUAAUUUCAAAUUAGGAUUGUAUAGCUCUGAAGAGUCAACCAAUUUAGAAAAUAUUGAAAAAGAAUUCAAAUUUAAAACAAAUAAAUUUGAAGUUGAAUAUGAUGAUGAAGAUACAAAUGCCUAUGGAUACCUCUAUGAAAUGAUUAAAGAAUUAAAUCCAAAAUAUUUAAAAAUAAUACCCUUUAGUAACACAAGUAUAGGAGCAUCACAUAUUCCACAAUAUCACUCAAUUUCAAAAUUAAAUCAAAACUAUGAAAGUGUAGAAAUCAUUUGUGACUACAUACCAUUAUAUGCACUUUAUAGAUUUUUACAAUCACCAAAUUUACAUACACUCAAAUUCGAUCUUCAAUUUCAUUUUAUAUCUUCAAUCUAUGAUAAUCAAAUUAAAAAUAAUAAUAAUAAUAAUAAUAAUAAUAAUAAUAAUAAUAAUAAUAAUAAUAAUAAUAAUAAUAAUAGUGAUUGCGAUGGUAAUAGAGAUGAUAAUAGUGUAUAUAGUGGUGAUAAAAUAGAAUUAGAUUUUAAUAAAAUGGAUAAUUUUAAAUUUAUUGAUUUUAAAAAAAAAUAUUCCCAAAAUUAUUAUUUUGAUAGUGAUUAUAUUGAAGAUUAUAUUGAUUAUGGCAUUAAUGAAGAUGAUCUAGCAUAUUGUGGUAGAUUUAGACGUCAAGAAAUACCGCCAUAUUCAAUGUCUCUAUGGAAUCAAUGUUUAAAAUUAUUAUCAACAAAUUCAACAAUUAUAGAUUUAUCAAUUUCUCAUAAUAUUGGUGGUGGAUGUGGAUGGGAUGAAAAUAGUUUAUUCAAUGAAAACUUUUUAAAUGAUUUAAUGAAUUCACUUGCAAAUAAUAAAACAAUUAAAACUUUAACACUUAAUUUUUCUUUUUGUAAUAUUGGAGGCAAAUAUUUUAUUGUAUCAUUGCUCGAUCAAAAUACAACACUUGAAUCAAUUUAUAUUACUAUUCCAAUUUCAGGACUCGAAGAAAUAUCAAAAUUAACAAAAAAUACAAAAUGUAAAAUAAAAAACAAAAAAUAUUAA